GUGCAAAAACACAAUUUGGUUUAGAAUUUCAAAGCUUCUUAUUUGAGCAUGCCCAUGUUACCCAUUAAGUAUUUCUCAGAGUACAAGACUGGUCCAGAGACUUCACUGCCUUCUCUUUAUCAAAGUUGAAUUAGUGAUAUUAUGUAUCUGCUGCAUGGAUGAUUGCAUGGUUACAGCUGAAACAAGGAUGCUGAUGGGAUGUCUUCUGUUGUCAUCUCCUUGCAGACAAGCUUGAUGGAUGCUUCUCAGGGUUGGCAAUGCUGAGGGUGGCCCAGGAACCAUGGUCUCCACUUCUCCAGCCCCCCUUGCACACAACCCCAGCAGAGAGGAAACUCCAAUGCUGGGUGAUAACUACCAAUUCUUUCUUUGCCUGAAAAGCACUGAUUGCACUUUUAGAGAGAGGAAAGAAGGCUGCAGCAAGGUUGCUCAAGCCCAGCAGCUCCUUAAGCUAGCCGACUUUCUCCCUUCUCAUGGGUUCAGCUUUGAUUUUUUUUUUGUUUUGUUUUGGUUGGUUGUUUGGCCUCCAUUACAGGAGGCCUCAGAAUGUGGGGCCAGAGAGCUGCCGGGGUGAGGAUGGCCCAUUAUGAUAUCUCCUACGGGUGGCUGGUGGCGUCUCCGAGCGACGGACUGUGAUGUCUGUGUGCAAUGGAUUGUGACUGCGUGGCCCUCACUGCUUAUAUGCAGGCGCAGAGUCCCACCCCGCUGGCUAGUGCCCGCACUCCGGCUGAGCGUUUACGUGAGGUCUGGAGUGAAGAGCAAGGUUGGCCUUGGUGCUGGUGUCGUGCCCUGGGAGUUGCUGAAGCAGCUCUCAGUGCCCUUCCCAGAGCCAUCAGAGCUUCUUCCGCGGCCCUGCCUCGUUCAGGCCGUCGGGAGACCCAAGAGGAGCGCUUGCAGCAGCAGAGCGUGACACCUGCUGCUGCAGCGCCAGUGAGGAGGAGCAGCCCCUCAUCCCCUGCUCCACCCAGCCCGCUGCCGCAGCUGGAGAGCAUGGCCACGGCGCUGGACAGUCGCUGCACCAUUUGUCUUGACACCUGGGACAACGCCAGCUAUGUGAUGCCAUGUCUCCACCAGUUUUGCUUCCGAUGCAUCCAGCAGUGGGUGGACAACAAGCCCGAGUGCCCCCUCUGCAAGAGGAGAGUCAGCUCCAUCGUGCACUCGGUGCGGGCCGAUGACAGCUUCGAGGAGCUCGUCAUCCCACCACCUGCAGAGGCACCGGUCAUCGCCCAGCAGGCACAGAGAGUUCACGGCCGCCCAGCCACCCGCAGACUCCGUCGCCCAGCAUCCUCCCGACCACAGGCUGCAGGACCGGUGCCUACAGCUCCUGCGGGCGACCUCCACCCCUACAUCUGGGCCUCCCUCUUCCGCCUGCACCCAGAGAUGCUGCAGCCCCUGCUGCCCUGGGUGCGCCAGGAGCUGGGACAACUCUUGGGGGCUGACGGCAGGGAAGCCUCUGCAGCGCUGAACUUGGUCAUCUCCGGCCUGUGCUUCCUUGGCCUCGACCAGGGGGCCCUGACCCUGCUCAUGCGCACCUCCCUGCAAAGCCACGCACCCAGCUUUGUGCGGCGUCUCAUUGCCGUCACCGUGCAGCGAUGCAGCAGGGAGGCCCGCUGCCUGCUGGGCCUGGGGAGCUCCCGUGCUGCUGGGGAACAGGAGGUGCAGGCAGAUGACAACUGUGUUGAGCUGGUCCACCUACAGUGGCGCUGGUCAACAUUUGCCACAGAGGGAAAGCACGUGGAUGUCCAGCACCUCACAGACCCCAUUGAUCAUCUUUGUGGCUGUCCUCUGGACUCCUGGAUGGCAACCCUUCCCUCCAGCUUGUCAUCCGUUCCCACACAGCUUGUUGUCGUCAGCAAACUUGCUGAGGGUGCACUCAAUCCCACUGUUCAUAUCACCGACAAAGGCGUUAAACAGCACUGGUCGCAGUACUGA